UUGCUGGGGUGCUGUCGACAUCAUGGUGGUAAAAUCCGAGCAGCUCCGGAUGGUCUACAUCAUUUUCCCAGCCAGGAAACACUGGUCUCAGCUCCAGAUGUCAUUUGGGCUCGUUGUACUAAGGGGUGUUAAGUCUAACAAAUGUCCCAGUGUCCCUUGCACUCCCCUCAUUUGCAUGCGAGUCCUUGAUGUCAUCCUCCUCCAGGCGCCAUUUUCAGGGAAGCAGCCGCAGCGCACCCGACGAAGGGAGAAGGGGAUACACAGCCUACACUGCUCAGGCAGAUGAGAAGACAGGCCCUGGUACCCCUACAGAUGCUCAUGCCAGAGCUUUACUGGUUUGCAAUGGACCUUUAGAACAUUAUGACUUUUUGAUUAAGCGGGAAGAGCUGAAGAAUGAUGAGCAGCAAAGGAAAGUUGUGCAACACCUGCAGAAAUUGCAUGAGAGCCUUAAAGGCUACAGCAUUGAUUCAAAAAAUGUUCUUUCAAAGUUCUUUGCCAAAACCAAACCCCCGAAAGGGCUUUAUGUCUAUGGAGAUGUUGGCACAGGAAAGACAAUGGUGAUGGACAUGUUCUAUUCUCACUUAAAAGUAGAAAGGAAAAAGAGAGUCCAUUUUCAUGGCUUCAUGUUGGAUGUACACCAGAGAAUACAUCGCCUUAAGCAGAAUUUACCAAAGAGAAAAGCAGGAUUUAUGGCCAAAUCAUAUGACCCAAUUGCACCUGUGGCAGCUGAAAUAAGCCAAGAGGCUGCUCUCCUGUGUUUUGAUGAGUUUCAGGUCACUGACAUUGCUGAUGCCAUGAUUCUGAAGCAGCUUUUUGAAAAUCUCUUCCAAAAUGGAGUUGUCGUUGUGGCAACAUCUAACAGGCCACCAGAAGAUCUCUAUAAAAAUGGUCUUCAGAGGGCUAAUUUUGUACCAUUCAUUGCUGUGCUGAAGAAAUACUGCAACACAAUCCAGCUUGAUUCUGGAAUAGACUACAGGAAACGAGUGCUUCCAGCUGCUGGAAAACUUUACUACCUCACAAGUGAAGCUGAUGUGGAGGCUGUCAUGGAUAAGUUGUUUGAUGAGCUGGCUCAGAAACAAAAUGAUUUAACUAGACCAAGGAUUCUAAAAGUGCAAGGCAGAGAGCUGAGGCUGAAUAAAGCGUGUGGAACCAUUGCAGACUUCACGUUUGAAGAGCUGUGUGACAGACCUCUUGGAGCCAGCGACUAUUUGGAAAUAUCAAAGCAUUUUGACACCGCGUUUGUUCGUGACAUACCACUUCUUACAAUAGCAAAAAGGACACAAACUCGUCGUUUCAUUACUCUUAUUGAUACCUUUUAUGAACAUAAGGUGCGCAUUAUCUGUUCUGCGGCAGCUCCUCUCCAAAGCUUGUUCCUGGUGGAACAUGGCAGUGGUGAGCUGCAGGACAACAGGGUAUUGAUGGAUGAUUUGGACUUGAGCCAGGCAGCCAGUGACAGGAUGAGAAGAGACAGCUUCAGUCUGCUCCAGGGGAGUUUCAGGUUGGACAUGAGGAAGAAUUUCUUCACUGAAAGGGUUGUCCAGUAUCGGAACAGGCUGCCCAGGGAGGUGGUGGAGUCAUCAUACCUGGAAGUGUUUAAGAAAUUGCUGGACAUGGCACUUAGUUCUGUGGUUUAUUUGAUAGGUUGAUGUUUGGACAAAAGUUGGACUUGAUGAUCUUGGAUUUUUUCCAAUCUUAGUAAUUCUCUAAACUUCCUGAAUAUCUAAGUUACAUUUUAAUGGGAUUAGAAUUUUCUGGAGAAUUGGUCUACAAAGUUAAUGGGCUAUGCAGAGUCAUGAUGUCACAUGAAGUGGGCACAUCAUUGUUUAUGCACUGCUUCUGUCAUGUACAAUGCUGCUUGCACAAAAGAAAAAUCAAAUGCUUUCUUUAAGAACUUUCUGUUAUUAUCCAUGCUAGAAUCCUGGAACUCCUCUGUAGUGUGUUCUGGUUUGACUUUGUUUUUUUCCUUUUCUCUGAGUAGCUAUGUGUUGACAUUCAGGCUCUAGGAGUUUUUUGUAAUCAGACCAUUGCUCAGUCUGGUUCAUUGGAAGCUAAAUGGUUUUAACCAAGAGAGAACCCUGAGGAGGAGCUUUAAGGUACUUGAAGCGGCACAGGAUUAAAUCUAAGUAAUGAAUGGGAAAAGAGACCUUGAUAAGACAGGGUAUGGUGUCUUUGAUAAGACAAAUAAGUGCAAAUUCAUAUUCUUCCUAAAUUUUGGGGUUCUUGCAAGCCUGUGACCUCUACCAGUGACAUCUCUACCUUGAAUUUCUUAGACUUCUUCUCCAUCAAACCUUCCACUGCUGCUAACACACCUGCCCUGAUAUAGGGGGAACAGUGCUCAGUACUAGUGAGGCAAUUAAUCAUGUUACCAUAGGAAUGUGUUUUAUGGAAAAGACAGGAUAGUAACUGAUACUUCAAGACACAUCAUCCAUCCUCAUGUUUGUAGUUGGAAACUCUGUUUUAGUUAAAGAUGUGGUGGUGUCAUUCUUGAUUUUAAUCUAACUGAAACAAAACAUGGUAUUCUGUGUGUUGGCUUCUCAUGUAUUUUCAUAAAGUAAUCUUAAGAACAUAUUUAGAAACUUUGAGUAGAAAAAAGCAUAUAGAUGUACUGAAGACUGCCCUCAUUUCCUAGGGAGGAAAUAUAUAAUACUGUCCCCAACUUUGAGAGGUUUUCUUGGAUUUUGCAACAUGGCCUUUUUCUGUCUGUUAUUAAAUUGUCUCCCACCACAAUUGCAAAAAGCUUCUAAAAGGCUCUUCUGGGCAGCAGGGAGGGCUGGAGAGGUCCUGUGCACUUGCUUUUGUUAGGGAACCACAUGCUCAAGUCUGGUUUUCUGUUCUGAUCCCCUCUGUUUGUCCUGAAAAUUACUUACACUGGCUAUACCUGCUCUUCAAAUAAUUUUUAAAGCCUUGCAACUCAUGGAACUAUAUUAUUAUUCCCACAAGGUGACUACCAUGGAGAAUUUUAAUGCAUAUUUAUGAAAACUCCAAUCAGAAUACAUUGCUUAUACUUAAGACUAUCCAAAUAAUUGGUCUAUGCUUUCAGAGAUUUGGAUUAGGUUUCUCAGCAGAGGGACUAUGGACAUUCAUGCAUGUGUGUCUGUAUAUACAAACACAUAUGUAUGUUUAUACAUGUAUAUAUAAAUCUAGAUAAAACUAAUAUAUACAAUUUAAGUGUUUGUGUUUCUGUAUUUAUACGUGGCACUCUAUACUUACUAACCUGGGACUGUGCUAAUUACUCUCCUGAAGCUUCAGCCUUGACUUUUUGAGUAGCAUUCAAAUGUCUCCUGCCUUGAACCAGAAUGUGUUGUGGGAAAAUUGGAGAUGGUGGUAGAUAACCUAAGGUGCUUUGCAUCUGGAUAUUUAUUUACAGUCCUUUAAAACCUGUUUAUAUGUCUUUCUCUGUCAGGUAGUAUAGGGGAAAUGUGUGAUCUGGCAAAACGCAGAUGGCAUGUCUGGAACAUGUGGGAGAGGAGGUCCUGGCAGGUUCUUCAUUCCCACAGAGACUGUCUCAGGCUGGGGAAGUGAGGUGUUUCUCCACUGUCCAUGUGAAUGAUGAUAAAGCUCCUUUAACCACAGGAUCCCUGUUUGUGUUCAAACUGGUGCUGCUUUGCCCAUUGGUAUUUGAGACUUUUCUGCAGUCUGAAUGCACACCCCAAACUCAGGAUACUCCAGGUUUUUGGAAGCUCCUAAAUGCAGUGGGACUCUGAUGUACCACUGAAAGCCUCUAAGGAUAUAGGUGAGCUCUGUGAAGACACAGGAGGGAAGUUCCUAAAAGCUUCCAGAGCCAGCACUGCUUCUGGGACAUAUUGCUAAAAGAAACCAUAGUGCAGUCUUUCCUUGGCCAGCAAGGAAUUUGUCUUUUGGGAAUCUCUGGUAGGUAUCAGCAGUAAUCAAGGAAAAGAAAUAGAGAUUCCAGAAGUGUUUUGAGGCUGAAAACAAGAAAAGUUGCCUAAAUCACUGUGCUGUAUUUGUGAUUGUGCUGCAGAUGGAAGUUUGCCACUUUGGGUCAGGUGCACAAGGAGAAAUUUGCUGGACCAGUUUCUCAGCCAGCCCAGAUGCCAGGGCAGAGGGUGCCCCAGUAACCACAGAAGCAGCACAUUUAUCAUCUACCUCCUUGAAGAAACUGAGGCCCUAUUUGCUUAUUUUAUGAUGCUGUAGAAUGUAUAAAGGCCUUUUCCAGUGCUGAGUUGGGGGUGCUGCUUCUGGGGUCAGACACCUUCCAGGAAACUGGUGCCAGCCAGAAUCUUACUGGACACCGUGGACAAGAGUGGUCAUGUUGUGCCCAGGGUCACCUGCGCUCCAGCUGUCCUGUCCUCUGCUGCCUGGCCUACUCCUGCCUGCUGAGAGACAGCAAAAAUCCAUUACUUUAUUCCCACAUGAAGAUGUUGUAUUUGACAAAAUGUAAACAGAUGCCUGUGACUGAAUUAUGCACACUCUAUUAUAGCCUUAAAAAUGGCUGGAUUUGUGCUGGAUGCUUCUAUCCAGAGUUAAGUCCUGCCUUUUAAGGUUUUUCUUAACUUGCAAAUUCAUGUCAUCUCAGAUCUGCAACAAGUUUUUAUUUCCUUUAGUCAUUCAGAAAAAUUACUGACAAGUUAUUUUUGAGGGUCUUUUCAAGUCUUUUAUUGAUGUGGCAUAAUAAUUUGCUGUCAUAUGAAGUAAAAUCCUAGGGAUUAUGGACCAUGUGAAACACUUCACAUUUUCUAAAGGUCACAUCCUGGCUGAGAAUCUCUCGACUAACUUAUUUCAAAUACUUGAUUGAUCAAAGAAUGUUCAUAAUGCCAAAAAUUUAACUACUUUUUUUUUUUAUAAUAAUAAUAAUAAAUAGUGCAAUUCUGUCUUUCAGAGUUACUGGUUUUCAGUAUUUACUGUGCAGAUUGAGGGAACAGUUGCAGUAUUUUGGGUAGAACAAGACAGCCUUCCAAAGACUUGGAGGUUUUGAAGAUGCACUUUUUGCCAAUGCAGGUUUUUGAUCUGAAAAGGAAAACCAUUAAUGGAUUUUCUUUUAGUAAAGGUGUUUGUGAUGGCACUACAGCUGGAUAGAUGUCACCUAUUCUGCAAUCUAAACAUGAAAAAAGCAACUGACCAGGUUUCAAACAGUGUCCAGCACAUCUAUGUAACAAGGAGGAAGAAGAGUCUCACUGUCAAGAUGCAGCUAACUGAAGUAAGAUUCAGGGUUCUUCUUUUUGCAGUUGCCUGGAUCUGAAUACACCUGGUGCCUCAGUUUCCCAGCUGAUAAAAUGGGAGAGAUACUACUUUCUUAUUUGUUAACUCUGGCAUGCUGCCAGGCUUCCCUCAUUAAUAUUCUAAGAUGCUUGCUGAGGCUCUGGGAUGAAAAUACUUCAGUAAAGUAUGUAAAUAGUGCAAAAAAAAAAUUUAGCUACUCAGAGUGGAUUAGUCUCCUUGUUUGGGUUACAGAAUGAAUGUCAUCCACUAAACACCAUGUGCCUCUUCAUAGUGAUUUUGUUUUAAAUAAUGCAUCUAUUUUGAGAAUCUAUUUAAAGAAAAAAAAUUAGAUCCGUGAUUAAAACCAUAAACCAUUUGUGUACUUUUUAUUUUACUUGUAAUAACAAAUUUUCAAUAAGAUUCAUAAUAACCUCAGAUCCUAUACAUGUGAAGUGCAGUGGCUUUGUAAAUUCUGUUGGGAUUUUCUUGUAUACAGAGAAUAUUUUUUAAAUAUGUCAUUUUGAAUCUAAUAUAUUAAAAACUGAACAUUGUCAAAUCCAUCUCUUAUUUGAGAAGAAUUUAUCUUGUAAUAAAGAAAAAUUAAUAAAUCCA